CCAAGCAAUUUGCUGCUCCCUUCAAAGGCAUAAGAGCCCGGCUGCGUUUUUAUUUCAGCCCAGUCACGCUUCGAGGACACAAGAGAUGGAGAGAUCCUGCAUUGUCCUGCUGGGGCUGCUGCUGGCGUGUUCCUGCCAUGCAGGCAAGCAGGAUGCUCUGAUCCUCGGGGGACGCAGAGUGCAGAAUCACUCCAGGCCCUACAUGGCCAUCCUGGAAAGCGAUUAUAAGGAAAUCCUGUGUGAUGGGUUCCUGAUCCAGCCAGAGUGGGUGAUGACCGCAGCCCAUUGCAGGAGCUCCAGAAACAUGCGAGUCCUGAUUGUGCUGGGAGUCGAGCUGCUGAGCGAGAGGUCCAACCACAUAUGGGACAUCGCAAAGUUUUACCCGCACCCUGAUUACGACUCCACCACCUUGGAAAAUGACAUCAUGCUGGUCCAACUGAACACCCCUGUUCCCUACGAUAACACGGUUCAACCAGUGAAACUCCCGCAGCAGGACAGGGAGAUCCCCUGCACGGCUGCCUGCAGCACCGCCGGCUGGGGACGCACCAGGAACGGCGAUAGGGAUGCAUCAGGGAUGCACAGCCAGGUUCUGCAGGAGGUGAACGUCACCCUGGUUCGUAGGAAGUCUUGCGCAUCACUCCACACACGGAAAAUCACCAGGAAUAUGAUCUGUGCUGGGAACAAGGAGCACAACGCCUGCCAGGGCGACUCGGGCGGGCCGCUGGUUUGCAAUGGCGUGGCUGAAGGCGUGGUCUCCUUCGGCAGCAAGGAAUGUGGCAAGACCCCGACGGUUUAUACCCAGAUCUCCAGAUACCUGCCGUGGAUCAACAAAGUCAUCAAGUCGGCCAGUUAAAGGAUCCGGGGGGGCUGCUCAACACCCAUCCUUCCCAUCGAGCAACAUCUCCCUUCUGUAAAUCCUGCCCCAGCACCCCCACCAGGAAUGGCUCUCUCACCCUGCUCCCCCAAGUGCAGCUCAGAACCCCAUCCGCACCUGACUCUAUUAAGAAAAACACAAGCCGAGCACGUGCUUGCUUUAACCACUUCACUGCUGAGCAGAACAGCAGGGGCUCACCCCAGCUGGGUCUGGUGGGCUCUGAUGGUGCACAGGAUAACGCUGCUGGGGACCCAGGCCUGUCCUAAAGGCAGUGAAAGGAUUAAAUGGGGAAGAGAGAUUUUUACAUCUAGAUAAUCCAGUCUGGGAGAGUAAUCCAUUUGUUCUCUGUUUAAUUCAGUGGUGACAGCGAUCAGUGUGAGUUAGUGGCUGCCCCACUGGGGAUAAGAGCCUACUAUAGCUAGCAGGGUUACUCCUUUAGCUCAAGCAGUAGACACUCUGCCUUUAGCACUAGAGAUCAGGGGUUCAGUCCCCAGUGACAACACCCGAGGAUGAUUGUGUGUCCAUAGCCCAAUCUCAAUCUCAGCCUGCCCACUGAUGCUACCAGAACUGGCCGUUGCCUGACCCACGUUGCAACGGCUAGAAAGAGCUCUGAAUUCUUCUCUCCUUCAUUUGGCCCAUGCAAACGCAGGAUCUCAUUUCCUUUGCCCAUAGUUUGUUCCACCCACCUGCUGUUUCUUGUCUUAUAUAGCUCGUAAGUUCUUUGGGGCAGGUACCAUCUCUCUCUGUUUGUACAGCACCUGGCACCAAGAAGCCCUGAUUCAUUUUGGAAGCUGCUAGGCCCUACCAGAAAUACACACAAUAAAUAAUACCCUGCUGCUAUUUUGAUACUAUGAGGCCUUUUGCUUUUCAGAGUGAAAAAUGCUUUUUGUCUGAUCCUAAUAAAUCUGCUUCAUACCUGG